AUGUCUCCGGACGCGGAUCCCCGGCCGGGACGCUUUCGAGCGUGCGCCCUGCUGGCCGGCGGCCGGCGGGCGUUGACAUGGCGUCUCGCUCGGACCUUGGCACUGGGUCAGGUUCUGGCGGCACUGGUGUGCGGUACGGCCGUGUCAUCGCAGUACUUGAGCUCUGGUUUUAGCGUGGAGGCGCCCUUACUCCAAAGUGUCCUGCACUACGCGCUUCUCGGUGUUAGCUACACGCCCGUCAUGCUCUGCAGGACAGGUUCAGGGAGUGUGUACCAAAUUGGUCGCAGACGCUGGCUGCAGUACUUCCUCCUGGGCCUUGUGGACGUGGAGGCAAACUACGCCGUGGUCAAGGCCUACCAGUACACCACGCUGACAAGUGUGCAGCUUUUGGACUGCUUCGUGAUCCCGGUGGUGAUGGUUCUGUCCCGGUGGCUGCUAAAGGCACGGUACCGCCCCAUACACUAUGUUGCGGUUUCCGUCUGCUUGCUAGGGGUGGGCGCCAUGGUGGGGGCCGACCUACUAGCUGGCCGAGAUCAGGGAUCUGCCUCUAACAUGUUGCUGGGCGACGGCCUGGUUCUGCUCAGUGCCACCCUGUACGGCAUUUCCAACGUAUGGCAAGAGUACACCGUCAAGAACCGAAGCCGCCUGGAGUUCUUAGGCAUGCUGGGACUCUUUGGCGUCAUCAUAAGCAGCGUGCAAAUGUUGGUUCUGGAGCUCCACCAAGUGUCUGCCAUCCAGUGGAGCUGGCAAGUGGCGGUGCUGUUGGGGGCCUUCGCGUGCUGCAUGUUGGGCUUGUACAGUCUGAUGCCGGUGGUUAUAAAGGAAAGCAGCGCCACCGCCGUCAACCUGUCCAUGCUCACCGCCGACAUCUUCGCAGUCUUCUGUGGGAUAUUUCUCUUCCACUACCACUUCUCAGGUUUGUACAUAGUGUCGCUGGUGUUGAUCUUCGUUGGGUUCAUCGCCUUCAACGCCGUGCCGACGCCCACAAGUGGAAUGGAUGGACUCAGUGAAGACGUGGCAGAAGGGGAGCGGAGGAAGAGUGGGGAUGUUGUUGACUGCACCCCGUUGUGA